GAUGGCAAACGGAUCGGGUACCUUAAGAAAUUAAGAGAUCAGUUGAAAGAUAUUGUCUCCUCACUAAAUGGCGAGAACAAUCAAGUCGAGAAGUUUAACAUUGACGUUGCACAUAAGAACUCACAAUACACGGAUAAACUAACAGAAGCGAAUUUGAUUAAGAUAACGGAAGAAAAUACGGACAGAGUGGCCAGCGGAUCGUUGUUCCAGGAUUAUCAUAGUUCCGCUGGAACGUCAGUUGUGAUUUCCGGUGACGCACUGACGGAACAGGCUAACUCUGUGCAAACCCAAUCCGAGUGUCUCGCAGAGGCACUGAAGAGAUUGAACAGCACUGCUGAGACUUUAAUGAAUUUUCAGAAGUCGUAA